CUCAAACGCGAUCUCAACUGCUUUUGACACCAUGACGAUUUCAUCGCUGGAGCUCGCUCUGCAGCCGACUUAUCUUGACAGCUCCUCGGACCGCGCGAGUCUCGCUAUUCUCCGCGAUAUUGGCGUCUCCAUUGCCGAAUUCUCGCACAACUCUAUCAGUAACAAGGACGGAUCUACCAUUGACGUAAUUAGCGACGAGGCUCUGCAGAACGAGCACUCGAGCGCUGCCAACGUCACCUACCACGUCGUCAAGGGCUGCGUGCAUCUGGACGUGCGCGACUCGGCUGACUGCUGGGUGCGCUGCACUCUGACGGAAGGAAUGAAGGCCACACUGGGUCUACGCACUCUGCGCCGCUUUGUGCCGAUCGCAGGCAACGCUGCACAGCUCCUGGAGAGCAGUAAGGGCGCGCGCAACCUCACGGCUCGGUACACACACGCAGCGGACGCAGCUAACCACUCGACGCUGGUUACCGCUAACGACUGCCGCGAGCUCGUCUGUGAACUGUGCCGUCUGUACUAUACCACGGAGUGGAUGACGGGCACGGGUGGUGCAAUGAGCCUCCGCCACGGCGAGCGCAUCUACGUAACCCCGUCAGGUGUCCCCAAGGAGCGUCUGCAGCCCGAGGACUUGUAUGUACUGGAUCUGGACUGCAGCAUCCUUUCAAGCCCAAAGCCCAAGCCUGGCAAGAAGGCUCCUAAGCUCUCGGACUGCGCACCGCUGUUCCUGAACGCGCACAAGAUCCGCAAAGCUGGUGUGGUGCUGCACAGUCACGGCAUCACGUGCAACUUGGCGGCGGCUCUUUGCGACGGUAAGAGCGAGUUCCGCAUCUCGCACCAGGAGAUGAUUAAGGGCAUUACUGGUCACGGAUACGCGGACACACUGGUUGUGCCUGUGAUCGACAACGCGCCCAAGGAGUCUGCUCUCGCGGAGCCGAUCGCGCGUACGAUGGAAGAAUACCCCAACACGUCCGCUGUUCUGGUUCGCCGUCACGGCCUCUUUGUGUGGGGUGACUCGUGGGAAGCCGCUAAGCGCCAUGCCGAGUGCCUACACUACCUGUUUGAGGCGGCUAUUGAGAUGCGUAAGCUGAAUCUGGACUACACAAUCCCCCCAGUGUCAGCUUCCUCGAGCAACGGCAGCUCUCUGAAGCGCGCACGCACCAACGAGGCAAGCAACGGAGAGCUCAGCAUGGCAGAGAAGCACAAGGUGGUGAUGCUGGACAUUGAAGGAACCACGACACCAAUUACGUUCGUGCACGACAUUCUGUUCCCCUACGUGACGGACAACGUCGCUCGCUUCCUGCAUCAAACGUGGGGAUCAGCCGACACGAAGGCGGACGUGGCAGCUUUGGUGGCUCAACACAAGCAGGACCAGAAUGAUGGAGUGAACCCACCUGCAUUGGAUGACACGCAGGCGAAAGAGCAGCUCAUCGAGGCUCUCACUGCUUACGUCAAGUGGAAUGUCAAGGCAGACCGCAAGAUUGGACCUCUGAAGCAGCUACAAGGUCACAUGUGGCUCCAAGGCUACGAAAGCGGCGAACUUAAGGCGCUCGUGUACGACGAUGUUCCUCCGUGCCUCGAACGACUGCGUGCAUGCGGUGUGCGUGUGGGUAUUUACUCUUCCGGCUCACGUCAGGCUCAGAAGCUGCUCUUCCAGUACUCUGACAAGGGCGAUCUGCGUGAAUAUCUGACCGUCUACUUUGACACGAAGAUCGGCCACAAGCGCGAGGUUGGGAGCUACAAGGAAAUUGUUCAGAGUCUUGGCGUGGAUAGUGGUAAGGACGUGCUCUUCGUGACGGACGUGAUCGAAGAGGCCCAGGCUGCGGAGGCCGCCGGACUGGAUACGGUAUUGUCCGUGCGUCCGGGCAACAAGCCGCUGCCGGAGUCUCAUCACUUCCCUACGAUCUGCUCCUUCGCCGAGCUGUAAAACCGUAGCUUGCUGUUAUGCAGAACAGCGCUAAUACACAUAACAGCGCACAACUACUUGUGUAUCGAUGCAACUACCGGUUGGGAAUAAUUGAAAGUGGUUAGUUUGAAUCCUCAUCGCUCGGGUCGUACUCAGGGUCUUGGUAGCUCUGUCCGUCGGCAGCAGCUUCGCCUCCACGUCGGCGUACAUUGGCAGCACUGGCCUGGCGGCAUUUUGCC